UCUCCCAUUCAGUUUCGAAGAGUCGCACAACCAGAACAGUUGAUACAAUCUAUCGGCAUCGCUAUAUUUCACUGUCUUUGAGCCUGGAUUCUAUUUGUAUACGUGUGGGUGUACGUGGCACACAGUUUUGUGUGUAUAACUAACGGGGGAAGCAGUGAGCCUAACAGUCACACCAUGAAAUAUAAUUAUAAAGCACUUUUGCUGGCAACAUUUGCAACAUGGUCAGCAGUAUUCUGUGGCACAGUGUUUGGAACCACAGAGGGACAGGAAACGCCAUUAGCUCUUCCUGUAGCUGAGCAUACAACUUCUCCUUCUAUACAAGGAGAAGUGUGGGAAGAAGACGACCACGAAGUGCUAAUAAGGAACGAACGUGGUACAAAAAGUGAUGGCCUUUCAUGCCGUUAUGGCAAGAAUCCAUGGACUGAAUGUGAUACAAAAACCAAUACGCGCUCCAGAACUUUGACAUUGAAAAAGGGAGAUCCGGCGUGCGAUCAAACUCGCACUAUUCAGAAAAAAUGUAAAAAAGCAUGCCGCUAUGAGAAAGGAUCUUGGUCGGAAUGCGCAACUGGACAAAUGACUCGAGCCGAUAAAUUAAAAGCGAGCAGUGAUCCCUCUUGCGAAGCAACGCGUAUUAUCAAGAAGAACUGCAAGCCCGGAAAGUCCAAGGAUAAGAGUGCCAAGGAGCAGCGUAAAAACAAGGACAAAGCAGCUCGCAAAGGACGCGUUUAAGUGAUUCAUACAUGAUACUUUUAAAGCCCAAUGUUGGUUUUUAACGGCCAGAUACAGUUGUUUUAAGUUUAAAUUAUUUUUCAAUAUACAUAUAAAAAGUAAAUGGUCAUGACAUAAGCUGUCUGCUAUGUAUACUAAAUACUAACUAAAUGACAGUAAUUUCAAUUUUAAAACAUAAAACAUAGUAAUUUUGCGUGAUUUAACAUAUUUAUGCAACGCAGAAUAUAAUAAUAUUCAUUCAAUACCACACAUACAUACCCAAUUAUUUAGUUUAUUCUAAAAAAGAAAUAUACAAACCAUAUAUAUACAUACAAUUUUCUAAAAUUAUUAAAACUAAAUGGGCAAUUCCCAUAUCGGAUGGAAGAAUGAAAAAAAUUUACUCAAGACCCUUAAAUUGUCGAACAGUUUAAAUUGGACACCUUUCAACAAAAUUACCAAAGUUGUUCUUCGAUUGAAUUUUGCAUAAUACUAGCCGUAUAAAGAAAAAUAAUAUUUUGGUAAAAUAUCAGCUUCUGUAUCUGAUCUCAACAAAAACAGAACGGUAAAAAAAGCAAAGAAAAUGAAAUCAAGGACAGUAAAAAGUUCGUCAUUCGCUGAUAUAAAUUACAUAAAAAAUACUUAGUGUAAAUAUUGUAAAAAAAAUCAAAGAACUUACUAUAUUAUAUGUAUGUACGUCCAGUAGUGGACAGAAGUUGGUUGAGUCGGAUAAGAUGAGCAUAUUCGUCGUUUUGUGCACUGUAGACUUUGGUAUUUUAAAGUAGUUUAAAUCUACAUAGUUUUCAUUGGGUAUAAUUUAAAGUUAUAUACAUACAUACAUAUGUAUGUAUGUAUAUCCAAACAAAAUAUGGUAAUGACAAACAUUUGCUAAUAACUAAACAAAACAGUAAAGUUUUACCUUUUUAGGGAGAUGGUUUAUCUUUUUAUUAACACAAUAUACAUAUAUAUAACAUACAUACAUAUGUACGUACAUUUUGAACGUUAUCGAUGACUCAAUAUAUAUAAUUAUAUGUAUGUAAUUGCCUGUAAGCAGUUUUACACCAUACCCAACCGUAUAAUUAUAGCUGCAAAAAAAUAUCUCACAUCAACUUUUGGGGCAGUUUUAAACUACUUUUGUUAAUUCAUGAAGAAGAACAACCAAGUAAUACCCCAAAAUUAAGUGGAAUCGUUUACGUACGUAUACAUGCAGACGCAUACAAUAUAAGAACAAAAAAAGUACUUUAAUAAAUACAGAUAUUACAAAAUAAAAA